AUGUCUGGUGAUGUUAAGUUCCUCAAGGACAUCUUAAGUAAGAAGAAGAAGUUGAUCGCAUAUGAAACCGUAGCUCUUACUGAAGAAUGUAGUGGACUUCUGACCAACAAGAUACCUUCUAAGCUUAAAGACCCAAGAAGUUUCACUAUUCCUUAUUCUAUAGGUGGGAAACAGAUUGGGAAAGCUUUGUGUGACUUAGGUGCAAGUAUCAACCUCAUGCAUUUAUCUGUUUUCAACACCUUAGGCGUAAAAGAGGCUAGACCUAUCACUGUUACACUUCAAUUGGCCAACAAAUCCAUUGCAUACCCUAACGGAAAGAUUGAGGAUGUUUUAGUGCAAGUUGGGAGACCAUUCCUAGCCACCAAAAGAACUUUGAUAGAUGUCCAGAAAGGAGAGUUGACUAUGAGACUUGAGGACCAAAAUGUCACAAUUAAUGUUUUCAAUUCUUUGAAAUACCCUGACUACUUGGAGGAGUGCUCAAGCAUAACUGAGUUAGAGGCAAUGUGUCAUGAGGAAGGAACUAGAGAAGUCUGUAAGUUAGAGGAAGAUGAUAGUGUUGAAAUAGAUGAAGAGAUUGUUGAGGAGUUAGAUUUAAGAGAGGAUGAUGGUAUCCCAAGUGAUGUUACUGCAUUUGAGUUGUUGGAAAACAGUGAGCAAAAGAAUUUCACCCUAUCCAUUAUAUCACCACCUGACUUGAAGUUGAAACAACUCCCAUCUUGUUUGAAGUAUAAUUUUCUAGGAGAAAAAGGCAAAUUGCUUGUCAUCAUUUCAUCUACCCUAGAUUUGCAUCAAGAGAAGAGAAGAAGUUGGUUGAUAUGUUGA